AUGCAGCUCACCAACACCCUCGUUCUCUGCGCUUCCUUCGUCGCCCAUGCUGUCGCGCAAAGCAAACUCGCCUUCACUACCCUCCCCAGCUCCGUCAAGGCUGGUGACUCCGUCUCUCUGAAAUGGGCUGGUGGUGAUGCCAAUCAGCCUGUGACCAUCACUCUCAAGAAGGGCAGCGCAAGCAACCUGCAGACCGUCGGCUUCGUCGUGCAGAACGCGAAUGGCAAUUCCUACACCUGGGCUGUCCCAGUGAACACACCAUCGGCCAGCGACUAUGCCCUCCAGAUCACCCAAGAUGGCGACCAGAUCAACUACACCGGCCUCUUCUCCAUCACGGGCGGCACAUCUGGCUCAGCCUCUGGAACCUCCGCAUCCGUCACAGCGGCCGCAUCAAGCACCCCUUCCGCUUCUGCCAACGUCACCACCACCAUUACGCCCAAGCCAUCCGGCACUGCUCCUCUCGGCACCGCUGGCACCGCUGGUACUGCAGGCAGCUCGAUCAGCCGCAACACCACUUUGAGCCGCGCCACCCUCUCAGCCAGCUCAUCCAGCGCCUCCGCCAGCUCCACCUCUUCCGACGAGUCGACCUCAACCACAUCAGGCGAAGGCUCCAGCUCGACCAGCUCAUCCAGCCCAGCACCCUCUCCAUCCGGUGCCGCUGGCACAAUCGCCAGCAACUUCGGUUUGCUGUGUGCUGGUAUCGCGGCCGUUGCCUACCUGGGUUGA